CUUAUUAAUAAGAUUUUAAUAGAGUAUUUAAAUAAGUUUAUAAUAGCUUAUAUCGAUAAUAUAUUAAUUUAUAGCGAUAAUGUGGCUAAGUAUGAGCUAUAUGUAUAUUUAACUGUUAUUUAUAAGUAUAAGUUCUAUAUUAUAAAGAUUAAGUUUUUAAAAUUUAUUAUUGCUACUGAUGGUAUCCAGAUAGAUUUAAUAAAGAUUAUUAUUAUUAUUAAAUGGAUAAUUCUGAUAAUUAUAUAG